CUCUCUCUCUCUCUCUCUCCGGCGGCGGCGGCGGAACUCGCGACUCGACGGUGGAAGGGAUUGGCGGCGGCGAUGACUAAAUGCGACGGCCGGUCUCAGCAGAGUCGGAAUGCCUCGCGGCCUUGCUCAUAAUGGAAGGCUGCGGCGCGAGCGACACUGGACGGUGGAGGGAAGGCAAGGCAGCGGCGCGACUCGGCGGUGGAGGGAAGGCGGCGGCGCGACUCUGGCCAAUCCCUCGCUUACGUCAUGUGGGCCCAUGGCCCCGUCCACGUGUGCUCCAGUUGUGUCCAUCGAUUCCUCGAUUGGCCAGGGCCCAGGGGCGGGCGUGGGGGGAGCCGGGAGCGCGAGCGUCUCAUCGAACCGCGGCCGCGGCAUUGCUGGCUGGUGGCAAGGUUCGAGCCGUGGCCGGGCCCCGGAGAAGGAAAUAAAAGGUGCUCGCCUGCGCCUCGCUGCUCGCCUAUAGCGCAACCGCCAUUUCUUCCUCGCCUCUGAAGAACCACAUUUCACAACAGAAAAAAAGGUGAUCGAGGCCUGGUAAUGUUUUGGGCAAAUGCAUAAGCAACAUCAGUGCAACGGUGGAGAUGCCACCGCACGAUGUGAUCCAGACACCGAAGGAAGACAUGUCACUUCGACCGUGUCAAUCUCAAACCUCCCUGGUGCCUUCGACUCCACCUUUCUGAGGACAUUGUUUACGGAGGUCGGUCCAGUGCUAGACUGCUUUAUGGUCAAUGGUGAAGGGUCUGAUAUGACAGGCAGAGGGUUCGUGCAAUUUACAACUACCCAAGAUGCUGAGAAGGCAAUACAACAGAAGAAUGGAUUUCCUCUUUCAGGCAAGAAUAUUGUGGUUGAAGUAGCAAAUGUUCAGGCAGUCGUAUUUGGUGGGCUUCAGAACAGUGGUGUGGCAAGGGAGGUUAUCCGACAGGCCAGAGAGAUUGGCUCUGUUCUAUCUGUGAACUAUCCACUCUCUGAGGACAAAAUGGAACUAUAUGGCCUUACACAAGAUGGUUGCGAAUCGAAUGCAGCAUCCAUUCUCUUUGCAGAUGUCAAAUCAGCUAAGAGUGCUGUUUCCUGCUUACACCAUAAGGAGGUCGAGGGAGUGACUAUCUGGGCUCGUCCCCUUGGUGCAGAGGAAAUUGUUAAAGGCAAUGGUGAUCCUUUUAGAUCCAAUAAAAGCAAGCAGAAGCUCAAAUCUGAUAAAGACGAACAGCUGGCCAUUGAAACAAAGGAAAAGGUUUGGCGUACACCAUGUAGUGACUCAACUGGGCUCAUUGACAAGCGAGUGAAGAUGUUACUGUCUGCAUCUACUGAAGAGUCUGAUCCCCAAAUGGAUUUCUAUGGCGGGCCUCAAAUAUUUAACACUGUAACAUGGCCUCUUGAUGGUCCUGCUUGGAAAGUGAAGGGUGGACACCUUUAUGCAUCUGGCCACCAAAGGCUAUGGCACUUCAUCAGGGGGCAGCUCCUAGACGUAAGCUCUGUAUUGGGUCCAGACAUGGUAAUCUUUACUACUGCCAUGUUUGGAACCUUCUACUCAACCAUUACCUUUGAAGAUCAUUCUGUAACUUUGCCAAUUGAUGGAAGGGAAGGGUGGAACUACAGAUUUGAGAAUGAGCAUGGAUGUUUUGAAUAUUAUCAUCUAUCUCAUGAUUGUCCAUACUUAGCAAAUGAAAGAAAUUGGUCUAUGCUUAGAGGCUGCCUCCCAGACUACAGUGAAAAAGGAUUGUGUCCCACUGGUAACCAUGUAGAUGUGGAGAUGGGAAUCCCUGCUGCUAGAAGAGCAUGCAAAACUCUCUCAACCUACAAGGGCGAGCUGCCUGUUCCACCUGAAGUCCGGAAGGCUUGUGCCACACUCAUUACCUAUAGCAUUGAAGCUAUGAAAUCUAAUGAAGUCCUUGAUUGGACCUGUGGUACUUUAGAAGACGAAGAAGAAGAGUUGACUUUGAAUAUGCUGCAUCCUUAUGCUUCUCCCAGAAUUAAGAGGUGGAAAUUAUUAGGGCAGUCCAAACUUCACUAUCUCGUGAGAAGACUUAACUGUGAAGAAGACAUCUUCCCAAUAAUUCCAGCAGUAACAGGAAUCCAAACAACCGAAGGUGUGUUGGAUUCAGUUUGCGUACUCCCAUAUAACCAAUUGUUUCGUCAAAGGACAUCUAAGGCUAGAGACUGGUCAGCUUUACCACUUGAUGAAAACGCUGACAUGGCAGGGGGAAGACCACACUUUCUUAGUGCACAAUUUGCGCGCCCAUGGCCAACAAAUCAUAAGCUUGCAGUCCUUAGGUCUCCUGAUACAAUGAUCAAUGCUCCAUCCAUUCUUCCAUUUGCCAAGGUCAAGAAGCAGAAUUCUGGUUCAGGGGAACUUCCAAAUGCAAGGACCUUCUCUCCAGGUGCCGGUGCAGCGUUGAGGAUACAGAAGCGGAAUCUUUGUUCAGUGGAUAUUCCAAAUGCAAGGAGAUUCUCUUCAGGUGCUUGCGCAGCAUUGAGGAUACUGAAGACCUUUGUGAAGUGAACAUUGUCCAGCCCUGCCAUCACCUAUCUGGGCGAGAAGUUGUGGAGCCUCCACACCUGCUAAUGAGUCCUUCUCCUGUGAAUACCUGAAUACAGCCAUGCCUUGCCAACGCGUCGAGUCGUGAUUUUCUUUCAGCAGGGAGUAGUGUGAACUGUGACCGGUAGCCAAAAGUAGAUGAAAAAAGUAGUAGCUUGUGGCAUGUUAUUGAGCUCACACAUGCUGUCCUUGGUAUUUUUUUUCUGAUACAUUGCCACCUUGGUCCGAUAUGUCAUGAAAACUAUGCGAGAUAGAUAUCAUGACUCACUGUGGCUCAAACGACCAAGUGGCUUUUCAUGAAUGAAACCUAUAUGUGAAUCAAUAUGAUCUAAGCCACUUCUAACAAAGUUGUUUAAUGUUA